AGCCCGGGCUGGUGAGUGCGCGCGGGCGGCCGCGGUGCCGGGGGUCGCUGUCCCUCGGGAGGGGGCUGAGCUGAGGCCCGCGGGCCCACCCGAGCAGGGGCCCUCGCUGUCACCGCCUCUGCCCCUGUCUCCCGGGCUCCAUGUCGCGCUUUUUCCCUAAACGAACAGGUGACAGGGCUGACCUGCCUGCACUCUGCAGGUCUCUACGCCGGGAAGGAGAAAGUCUCACGAAGCUCUUUCCUUUGCAACCCCUGUCCCCUUGCCCUCUGCAGCUCCACACAGCAUUUUUACUUCACUUUUGCCUCCUCGAAUCCCUUCGGUGCUAAUCCAGCCCUUUACCGUUUCCAGUUUGGGUCUGGCCUGUUUGUAUCCAAAUCGAAUUACACAAAUCCAGGCCCUCAGUUCUGCCUCUGGCCCUCUUUCCGGAGACCGGUCCUGCCUCCUCCUGUGCCGGGCUGGGCUUGCCCGGCAUUGGCCGCCCGGAGCUCCCAGGGAGCGAGGCUGUGGUCCCGAAACUGGGCCCUCCGCUCAGCGCCGGACAAGGCUCAAACCCCGGGUCUCUGACUUAUCCGGUCACGAAGAGACUGCUCAGAGCCUAACAGCCCUAAAAUUUGGUAUUGGCCGCCUCCCGGGAAGUCCUUCUCCCUACCAAUCAGGCAUCGCGGCAGGUGCUCUGCCAUCAUAGAGGCUCUGACACGCUGGACUCUCGAAGCUCACGGCAGUGUUUAUUUUUAGGAGAGAUUUAGUUGAUCGGGAGCCAAUUGACUUGGUUGACUGCCUCAUCUAGUGCGCACCUGGGCCGGGCCCCGCCGGGAAGGCGUGCUGGACGUUCUCAAUGAGCUCCGAGACCUACAGAAGAAACAGCUGCAAGGAUCCGAUCAGCUAGCUGUGAAGAAAGCCUCAGAUACGCUGUGGGGGCCAAGGAGCGAGCUCUCCCUUCUCCUGCUCUCAGCCUCAGUGAUCAAGGCUUCAGUGAACUGCACUGGAGCUCCCAGCGGGGGAUCUUGUCCCCUGUCCUGACUUUUGUGCUGCACAUUGGAUCUGCUGACACUCAGGAAAUGCUCGUCUCCGGCUGUUAAGGAAUAAUUUCAGAGUACUAUGGAUCAUGCUGAAGAAAAUGAAAUCCUUGCAGCAACCCAGAGGUACUAUGUGGAAAGGCCUAUCUUUAGUCAUCCGGUCCUCCAGGAAAGACUACACACAAAGGACAAGGUUCCUGAUUCCAUUGCAGAUAAGCUGAAACAGGCAUUCACAUGUACUCCUAAAAAAAUAAGAAAUAUCAUUUAUAUGUUCCUACCCAUAACUAAAUGGCUGCCAGCAUACAAAUUCAAGGAAUAUGUGUUGGGUGACUUGGUCUCAGGCAUAAGCACAGGGGUGCUUCAGCUUCCUCAAGGCUUAGCCUUUGCAAUGCUGGCAGCUGUGCCUCCGAUAUUUGGCCUGUACUCUUCAUUUUAUCCUGUUAUCAUGUAUUGUUUUCUUGGAACCUCCAGACACAUAUCCAUAGGUCCUUUUGCUGUUAUUAGCCUGAUGAUUGGUGGUGUAGCUGUUCGAUUAGUACCAGAUGAUAUAGUCAUUCCAGGAGGAGUAAAUGCAACCAAUGGCACAGAGGCCAGAGAUGCCUUGAGAGUGAAAGUCGCCAUGUCUGUGACCUUACUUUCAGGAAUCAUUCAGUUUUGCCUAGGUGUCUGUAGGUUUGGAUUUGUGGCCAUAUAUCUCACAGAGCCUCUGGUCCGUGGGUUUACCACCGCAGCAGCUGUGCAUGUCUUCACCUCCAUGUUAAAAUAUCUGUUUGGAGUUAAAACAAAGCGGUACAGUGGAAUCUUUUCAGUGGUGUAUAGUACAGUUGCUGUGUUGCAGAAUGUUAAAAACCUCAACGUGUGUUCCCUAGGCGUCGGGCUGAUGGUUUUUGGUUUGCUGUUGGGUGGCAAGGAGUUUAAUGAGAGAUUUAAAGAGAAAUUGCCGGCGCCUAUUCCUUUAGAGUUCUUUGCGGUCGUAAUGGGAACUGGCAUUUCAGCUGGGUUUAACUUGAAAGAAUCAUACAAUGUGGAUGUCGUUGGAACACUUCCUCUAGGGCUGCUACCUCCAGCCAAUCCGGACACCAGCCUCUUCCACCUUGUGUACGUAGAUGCCAUUGCCAUAGCCAUCGUUGGAUUUUCAGUGACCAUCUCCAUGGCCAAGACCUUAGCAAAUAAACAUGGCUACCAGGUUGACGGCAAUCAGGAGCUCAUUGCCCUGGGACUGUGCAAUUCCAUUGGCUCACUCUUCCAGACCUUUUCAAUUUCAUGCUCCUUGUCUCGAAGCCUUGUUCAGGAGGGAACCGGUGGGAAGACACAGCUUGCAGGUUGUUUGGCCUCAUUAAUGAUUCUGCUGGUCAUAUUAGCAACUGGAUUCCUCUUUGAAUCAUUGCCCCAGGCUGUGCUGUCGGCCAUUGUGAUUGUCAACCUGAAGGGAAUGUUUAUGCAGUUCUCAGAUCUCCCCUUUUUCUGGAGAACCAGCAAAAUAGAGCUGACCAUCUGGCUUACCACUUUUGUGUCCUCCUUGUUCCUGGGAUUGGACUAUGGUUUGAUCACUGCUGUGAUCAUUGCUCUGCUGACUGUGAUUUACAGAACACAGAGUCCAAGCUACAAAGUCCUUGGACAGCUUCCUGAAACUGAUGUGUAUAUUGAUAUAGACGCAUAUGAGGAGGUGAAAGAAAUUCCUGGAAUAAAAAUAUUUCAAAUAAAUGCACCAAUUUACUAUGCAAAUAGCGACUUGUAUAGCAAUGCAUUAAAACGAAAGACUGGAGUGAACCCAGCAGUCAUCAUAGGAGCAAGGAGAAAGGCCAUGCGGAAGUACGCUAAGGAAGUCGGAAAUGCAAAUAUGGCCAACGCAACUGUUGUCAAAGCAGAUGCAGAAGUAGAUGGAGAAGAUGCUACCAAGCCUGAAGAAAAGGAUGGUGAAGUAAAAUAUCCCCCAAUAGUGAUCAAAAGCACAUUUCCUGAGGAAAUGCAAAGAUUUAUGCCCCCAGGGGAUAAUGUCCACACUGUCAUUUUGGAUUUCACUCAAGUCAAUUUUAUUGAUUCUGUUGGAGUGAAAACUCUGGCAGGGAUUGUAAAAGAAUAUGGAGACGUCGGUAUAUAUGUAUACUUAGCAGGAUGCAGUGCACAAGUUGUGAAUGACCUCACUCGGAAUAGAUUUUUUGAAAAUCCUGCCCUAUGGGAGCUGCUGUUCCACAGCAUUCAUGAUGCAGUUUUAGGCAGCCAACUUAGAGAGGCACUUGCUGAACAGGAAGCCUCGGCUCCCCCUUCCCAGGAGGACUUGGAGCCCAAUGCCACUCCUGCCACUCCUGAGGCAUAGAUGAGGACCUCACCCUAGGAUGGGGUUAUAAGCCUCUCAUGAAGUUCAUAAUUUACACGUUUUAAAUACUAGACGCUAGAUUUUUUUUUUCUAAGGGUGAAUACUAGUAGUCCAGGCUUGAUUUGGAGGGUGAAUGACGCCUAGCAAGAUGUAUUGUACUUGUGUUUUUUUAAUUGAAUACUUCAAAGAUAAAUUGGCCUGUUGCCUGCAUUUAUUAUGGAGAGACAUUUCCGCUACAUUCUAGUAUUAUCUUUGUAAGCUAAGCACCAAAAAAUUUAUUUCAGUCAAGUAUUUUACCCACAAAUAAGAUAUUACGUAGUGGUUCUUUGUUUUUGUACUUGUUGAUCUACAGAUAAGUGGUGGUUCUUUGUUUUUGUGCUUGUUGGUCUACAGACUGUCUAUAAUCAGUUGUCUAACAGAAGACAGGAACUGCAAUUUUCUAGAAGUUCUUGUUUUAAAAUAACCUUUUAUUUAUUAUAGAAGCAAUAUAAAUGCAUUGAGGACAUUUUAAAAAAGUAGACAAGCAAAAAUAAGAAGAUAAAAUAUAUUUCCACCACUCAGAGAUUACCACUGUUAAUAUCCUUCCAGAUCUUUUUCCAUACAUAUACAUUUACAUUUUUAACCAAAGUAAGACCACAUCUAUAGUGUUUUAUAACCGAUUUUUCUUUAAUCAACAAUCUCCACUUUCUCAUUCCAGCACAUUUUUGAUCUUAGACCAUAUUUAAAUUUCCCCAAUUGUCCCCAGAUUUGCAGUUGGUUUGUGCAAACUGAUAUUCAUUCUAUGACCUUACAUUGCAACUGGUCAUGUCCUUUAAAGUCCCUUACAUCUAUUUUAAUCUAGCACAGUUCCUUUUUUAUGACAUUGACUUGUUAAAGAGACUGGGGCAGCGGUCCUGUAGAAUCCUGUCUUGUGAAUUUGCCUAGUUUCUUUUUCAUGGUGUUGUUUAACUUGUUUUUAUAUUGCCUGUACUACCUGCAAUCUGGAAGUUAUAUCUAAAGCCUUUAUAGGUUCAAGUUAAAACAUUUUGUGCUAGAUUAUAUCAUAGAUAAGAUACAUGCUUCAUAUCGCAUCACUUCAGAAAACAUAAUAUCAGGUUGAUCUACCAUUAACUAAUCUAUUGAUCUAAGUUUGAUUACUGGAUCAGCAUGACAGUCUGAUACUCCACUUAGAUUUUUCCCCUUUGUGACUACAGACUUAUCUGUGUGGUAUUCCUUUGGCAUUGAAUGAAUUACCAUUUACCCAGGAGUUUUAACAUUAGGUGGUAAUUCUUGCCUAAAUCAUUAACUUUGUUAUAGUUUGUGAGUUGGUUGUCUAGUUCUUUCAUUUCUUCUCCGUUUGUUAGUUGGUUAUUCUAUGUGAACUAAGCUUUCCCUUCUCCACUUGAGCUAUUUGGUCAUCCUUACGUACAGUUCUACUAGAAGGGCAGGUUGAAUGCUUUAUUAUUUUCAUUUAAUUAUCAACUUCAAAGUAAAUAACUGGUUUAUUAGAUGGUGACAAAUUAGUGUUUUUUGUUUUUUGUUUUUUUUUAGAUUUCCCUUUUCUGGUGUGAUGGUGGUCUUGUGAAUUUUUAUAGUUUUAAUGGGUUUCAAUCCAUUAUGUUCUUUUCGAUGCUCAAAUUGUCACAACUGUGGCCAGUAUAAGUCCUUAGAAGCUUUGCUAUUGUUGCUAAUCAUGAAGUAGCAUUAAAGACCAUGUUUUUAAGAAAACUAACCCCCAGAUAUAACUUAAAUCUUCCUUAGAAGUUCAUAACAGCUAUCAGUUCAUUAUACAUCAAACUCAAUGUUCAGCCUAGGAGUAAGCAUAAUGCUCAUCUUACUCAUUCCACAGAAACGUGGAAUGUCAAAGGUUGGAGGAGGAUACCUUUAAACCAAUUUGUCACUUUCAGUUGUUUGUAAUUACCAGCUCACUACAAAUCAAAGCACAGGCAUUAGCCAACCUGUCUAAAGCCUCCUCUGCUAAGAGUUCCUGCUGAUAGUGAGUUUGUCUUUUCUUUAAUAUGUUGUCUUAUUGACAUCUUGUUAUAGCUUUCAUGAAUAAGAUACUGCCAGGAGAAAGUAGUCAGAUCCCAGUAGAAUUGUUAGCAUGGCCUACUUGCAACCAAAGCCUGUGGUGUAUGUGUUCAUGUUAACUCCUAUCAGGUUUCUCACUGUCUUUACUAAUUUAAUUCAAAAUAAACUCCUCCUUUUAAUCAAAACUUUAACUAAUUCUAGAGUGAAAUUUAGAUUGGCUUAGUUAUUUCCUUUGCAAUCAUCAUGAGCUCAGAUACAUCUGCAUUCUGAUACGGACUGCCUUCUGAAAGAGCAUGUAGUUGCAGAACCUCAGCUUACACUAGAAACUUUUGUAAACGAGCUAAUAUCAUUUCAGCCAUUUAAGUAGAAUUUAAGGAUUUUAAACUAUGUUAUAAAAUACUUCGGCCAGGCGCGGUGGCUCACGCCUGUAAUCCCAGUACUUUGGGAGGCCAAGGCGGGCAGAUCACAAGGUCAGGAAUUCAAGACCAGCCUGGCCAUCAUGGUGAAACCCUGUCUCUAUUUAAAAAUACAAAAGUGAGCUGGGCAUGGUGGCGCACACCUGUAGUCCCAGCUACUCGGGAGGCUGAGGCAGGAGAAUGGAAUGAACCCUGGAGGUGGAGGUUGCAGUGAGCCCAGACCACGCCAUUGCACUCCAGCCUGGGUGUCAGAGCAAGACUCCAUCUCAAAAAAAAAAAAAAAAAAAUUAUUGCACAUUCUUUAGCACCAGCCUUCCACUUAGCAGAUACUGUGGUUGAUAGAUUGAAAGUAGUGUACAGGCCGGGUGCUGUGGCUCACGCCUGUAAUCCAGUACUUUGGGAGGCCGAGGCAGGCAGAUCACGAGGUCAGGAGAUUGAGAUCAACCUGGCUAACACGGUGAAACCCCAUCUCUGCUAAAAAUACAAAAAAAUUAGCCAGGCGUGGUGGCAGGCGCCUGUAGUCCCAGCUACUCGGGAGGCUGAGGCAGGAGAAUGGCGGGAACCCGGGAGGCGGAGCUUGCAGUGAGCAGAGAUCGCGCCACUGCACUCCAGCCUGGGGGAGAGAGUGAGACUCCGUCUCAAAAAAAAAAAAAAAAAAGUAGUGUGCAAAAAAAGGUAUUUGUCUUAUACAUUUGUAUUUAACUUUUCUGUUGAACUUUUAAACUGUUUUGAAUAGAAUUGUUAUGUAUAUUAAAAGCACAAGUCUUAAGGUGGGAAAAUAUAUUUUUGUUUUAUCACUUUGCUUAGCAUCUGAGAACGAGUGCAUUUCAAAAUACAUUUCAUCCAUAUGUAAAUACGUCAGAAUGUUUUACUCAGAAUUAUUUCAUACAGCAAAAAUUUCCUGACUUUUUUGUCUUACAGUCUUGUCUCUAGCUUUCAAGGAAAUGAUACAUAAGCCCACCUGUUCUUUCUGGGCCUUAAUAGCUGCUACUGUAUCUUCUAUGUU